GGUGUCAACAAGCUUAGAGCAACCACGUAAAGUUUAUGUGAUAUGUCUAAGCUUGUUGACACCAGUGCGUACCAAUGUAAAUUGUAUAUUACAGCACUGAGGAUGGUUACUAAGUGACCGAAAAUCGAUUUUGCGGAUAAUAAAAUAAAAAAUACGGCGAAUGCUGUUUCUCCUUCCAAGUAUAUCCAUUAUCUGGUCGUGGUGCACAGGACACUCCAUGGAGUCGCCAAUCAAGUAAAUUAAUUCUCUUCUGCAUCAAGUACAUUUAUUUUCAUUGGGAAGAAAGGAUUUAGAGCAAAACGCUUCUGUGAUCUCAACUUCCUUUAAGUUAAAUUUCCGAACUACGACUGAUACGGAAGUCAAAGCACCUCAGUUUGACAUCGUUCAUGGGUAAAGGGUUGUUUGCUAUCUUCCUGGUUUAGCUUUGAUAUGACAACAAAAAUACACUGUGUGGUUGUAAGCGGUUUAAGGAAAGAAACAUUUGUUUAUAUGCAUGUUUCCAAACUCAGAAAGUUAGUAGUGUCAAAUUUUAUUUAAUAUUUUGACUUUAACUCGAAUAUAGGAGGAUAAUGAAGUGCGACUGGUUAUUUUGAUUGGAAAGAUGCUCUUUAGUGCAUUGCUCUCAACAAAUAGUGUUGUUAAGUGAAGAUACGCUGUUGAAAAGCAGUAAAUGUAAUGUCUUACUUGAUUGGCAAUUUUCUGUUUGCGCCAAAGCCUCACUUAUGAAGCUGUGAAGUCGACGUUCCAGGCUUUCUUUGAAGUGGUUGGAGUGUUGUGAUCAUCAUAUAAUUUAAGCAUAUGAACCGCGUAUAAAAUGGCUGGGCCGCAACACACAUUUCCCACAGGAUUCCCAAAUCCACAGCAAGGUCCCAUGAGAAACCAGUUCGGAGCCGGUCCCCAGAUGGCUAGCCUCAUGGCUUCCAGUCAACAAGCAGUGAUGGUUGGUCAGCAGGCAUAUGGUGUUGGAAUGCAGCCAAAUGCUCAGCAAGCAUUGGUACAGCAACAGCAACAACAGAAUCAACAACUGCAAAUGCAGCAGCAACAACAAAUACAGCAACAGUUACAGCAGCAACAGCAGUUGCAGCAAUUACAACAGCAACAACAGGCAGCUGUUCAGCAGCAAAUCCAGCAGCAACAGCAGGUAGCAGCAGUUCAAGGAGCCCAGCAGUCUCAGGUUGGAGUUGGAGGGCAACAGCCACAGCAGCAAGUUCCACAGCAGCCUGCACAAUCAAAAGAAAUCAACACAGCUUCCCUCUGCCGGUUUGGCCAAGAAACUGUUCAAGAUAUUGUAGCCCGUACACAGGAAGUCUUCAUGGCACUUAAAACAAUUCAGCCCCCAAAUGGCACAGCACAAGGAACAAACACAAGCGCCGAAAGGAAGGCAAAACUUCAGGAACAGAUCCGAAAUGUUCGCAUUCUUUUCAAGAGAUUAAGGUUAAUAUAUGAUAAAUGCAAUGAAAAUUGUCAGGGUAUGGAGUAUACGCACAUUGAGAGCUUAAUUCCAUUGAAAGAAGAAUGGGAUAUGAAAUCAGAUGAGAAGAAAACAUCUGAAUCAUACCGUUUGGCAUGUGAUGAAAACAAAGAGAUUAUGGAGCAAGUUAUCCUGAAGAAUAGGCACUUGAAAGAAAUAAUAGACCAUCUGCGCCGCAUAAUAUGGGAAAUUAACACAAUGUUGACCAUGAGAAGAUCAUAACUUGAAUGGUUUUAAUAUUCAUUCAACAACUGUUGGUUUUGUGCACGAAGAAGUUUAAGCAGUGUUAUUUUAUUUAGUUAUGUUAUACUGACCAUCUCAAAAACAUCAUUGAGGUGAUAUCUUAUAGUGAAGGUAUUGCAGAAAAGUAAUUAUGAAGGAGUGUUCAAAUAAACUCAGAUUGGUUUUGGAAGUUGGGUUGAACUGAAAUUAAAAACUAGCUUUGAGAGAGACUGUAUGUUUAAUACGUUGUUUCAUGGUACUAUCUUGUUCUGUAAUCUUGAAAUAAAUUGUCCAAAGCUUGGCCCACAAAUUA